CCAAUGCUCUAGCCACUUCACCACCUAACUGCCCCUCUAAUGGAGAAGACAAUAUGUAAACAGAUAGGCACUUACAAGAUAGAGAUGGGCUCUAGCAAUUGGAGGGGAAGGGAACUGAGAAAGGCCUCCUGCCAAAGGGGACAUUUGAGCUGACUUCUGAAGGAAGACAGGGACUCUGAGAAGGGAAGGGAGGAAGGAGAGCAUUCCAGGCAUGGGGGACAACCAGUGGAGAAGCACAGAAUCCAAGUAGAGUGUUAGGUUUGAGGAACAGCAAGUGGGCCUGUGUUGCUGGAUUGUAGAGUGAAGCAUAGGAAGACUACAGAGGUAUGAAGGGACCUGGUUGUAAAGAGCUUUAAGCAACAAAGGACUUUAUAUUUGAUCCAGGAUCUAAUAGGGAGUUCCCAGACUUAUUGACUAAGAAGGGGUAACAUGGUCAGACCUACACUUUAGGCAUAUCACUUUGGCAGCUGUGUGGAGAAUAUGCAAGGACCAUUUUUUUUUAAGUAAAAACGAUACCAAAAAGAAAACUCAAGAUCUGUCUGUAUAAUGGUGGAAACAGUUCUAACAAUUUUCCUUCAGAGCAGCCAGAGGCCUAAGAAAUUCUCCAAAACCUAGCAACAACAGUGAGCUGGCCGCUGCCAGUGCCACCGCUGCUGACCAUAAGGGAGGUGAGACUGGGGCGGGCGCUGCCCGCUGGUCCGUAGGCAAGAGGUUACAGCAGGAAUUGAUGACCCUAAUGAUGUCUGGUGACAAAGGAAUCUCUGCCUUCCCAGAGUCAGACAAUCUCUUCAAGUGGGUUGGGACAGUAUAUGAAGACCUAAGGUACAAGCUCUCCUUGGAAUUCCCCAGUGGCUACCUAUAUAAUGCUCCCACUGCGAAAUCUGUCACACCUUGUUACCAUCCUAAUGUGGAUCCCCAAGGCAAUAUCUGUUUGGACAUCCUCAAAGACAAGUGCUCAGCUCUGUAUGAUGUCAGGACCAUCCUGCUAUCUAUCCAGAGCCUGCUGGGAGAACCCAACAUUGACAGCCCAAUGAACACACAUGCUGCUGAACUUUGGACAAACCCCACUGCCUUUAAAAAGUACCUGCUGGAAACCUACAUGAAGCAGGUGACUAGCCAAGAGCCCUGACCCUGGCUGCCCAGCCCUACCUUCCUUCAUCUUGUGUGUAUGUGUAUGUGUGUGUCUAUCUUUUUCCCUUCCUCAUAACCUGUCUUCUCCUCUUUUCUGUACAGGACUCUGUUUCAUAGACUGUUUUCCUUUCCUUUUUUUUUUCUUAAACUCUUGUCCGGCCCUCAAUAUUAAUGUAUAAAUAAAUAAAGUUUUGUUGUUAAAAACAAAAACAACCUAGCAACAAAUUGGUGAAUAGCAUUGGUCUCUUGAACAUAGCCUCAGGAAAUUAACCACAUUUUUCUAUAUGAUUUACAAAAACUAUCAACAACUAAAAUUAAAAUAUCAAAAAAUGCUACAAAUCACUGAUAAGAAAAAUGGAAAUGAACACAACCAUAAGGUUUCACUUCACACUCCUCAAAUUGGCAAAAAUAGAAAUAGUUAACAUUGAAGGGCUUUGAGAAAACAGGCACACUAGUAAACCAUUGGUGGAACUGUGAAUUGGCCCAACUAUUGUGGAAAAUUUUGGAAUUAUGCUUAAAAGGAAAGAAAAGAAAAGAAAAGAAAAGAGGGGACUAAGGUGUUCUUAACCUCAAGUCCAUGGAUUUUAAGUGGUUCAUGGAUUUUUAAAAUAUUUUGAUAAUUGUAUUUCAAUAUAAUUGGUUUCCCUUAUAAUUCUAUGUAUUUUAUUUUAUGCAUUUAAUAAAAAAUAACACACCUGUGCAUUAUUUUGAGAAGGGUUCCAUAGUCUUCACCACACUGCCCAGGAGUCCAUGAUAUGCAAAAGAUUACAUACCCCAUAUUACUGAGAAUAGUAAUAAUAGUUAACAUUUAUUUAGUGCCUUACAAAUUUUAUCCUCCCAAUAACCCUGGUGGGUCCUA